ACGCGCGGUCGUUCUCCGACCGCCUUCCAGCCUUCCUGGCUAACGGCAGACUGGGAGCAGAGCGCAUGAGUCCGGUCUACGCUCAAGUUCUCGGCUCCGCUAAGCAGCCGGUUCUCAGUGCGUGAACCUGUUGGCAUCAGUCCUUCAGACAGAUUCUUGCCUUGGGGCCUUGAGUGAAGAAUUUCGUGUCUUCUCACAUCCUAAAACGAAAAAGACUAGGAUAAAGAGCCAGCGUAACCAGGGUCACGGCCCGGGCGGCCCGGCGCGCCCGGCCUGGGCAGCUCGAAUUAAGGAAAAGUUACAUCCUCCUUCCUUCUGUAAACAGCAUCUACUUCUGCAAAACGUUGGUCAUGCAGCCACCACCCCAGGCAGUCCCAUCUGGUGUGGCUGCGCCACCUCCAGCCGGGAAUCCUCAGAGCAUAUUCUGGACUAACAGCCCUUAUAGAAGACGGGCCAAUAAUAAUGCACCAGUGGCUCCGAUAACUUGUCCCUUGCAGCCAGUAACAGAUCCAUUUGCUUUUAGUAGACAGGCCCUCCAAAAUACACCACUGGGUAGUUUGUCCAAAAGCAGCCCGCCCAUCUUGCAAGGCCCAGCACCCCCGGGGUUUCCUCAGCACUCUGGUUUACCUGCACCUCACACAAAUGCCAGGGAUAGCUCCCAAGGACCUUGCGAGCCACUGCUGAGACCUCCAUCACAGCCCAGAGCAGACACCAGUUCAUUUUCUGAUACAUUAACCUCUUCAGCACUGCCCAGGGCUGAGAUGAACAGGAGUGCAGAAAUCCAUCCCAGCGCAGAGACUGAAGUUCCGGCUCCACCAUAUCUGCAACACUACAUUCCAGGAGUGGGUCCUGACCUGUCUCAUGGGGCCCAUCUGCAUGGGAGCAUGCCUGGGCCUGACCAACACCUGAGAAGGCAAAACCCGAAUGAUGAUGUGGUAGCCCCAGCAGCGACCCCUUUUUCCCCCCAGCCUCGUCAACAGAUACCUGGUCAUUGGGGACCAGUGCAGGCAAGCCCACAGCCCUCAGGUCAGAAUCAAUCCCUUUGCCUGGAAGGACCUGUUCAAAUUACGGUGCCCCAUGCCACCAGCGUUCCUCAUCUCCCCUCUUCAUCUAGCCCACAUCAAGGCCUUGGCCAAGAGCCACAUAACCCAGUAGUAUCUCUUUCAGCACCCUUGGCCAGUGAUGGAAGAAGUGAAGUGGCAUACCCGCAAAGUGAAAGCUACUCAGCAAAUAACUUUGAUCCUGAAAAUACAUUCAGGCAAAACCCCAGAGUUGGGAAUACUUGGACAAGCCAAGAGUUUGGGCAAAAUCCAGGAGUGAAUGAGCACCAGCCAAUCCCCACUUUUGUGAGCCCUCUUGCUCAGGGAGAUAACCCAGAAAACCACAUGCACCAUCCUCCAGGGGCUGGGGCCAGCCUCCUCCUUCCAGAUACAGACUCGGGAGCCCUCUCAAUGUUUUUCCAAGGGGCAGAGACAGAAAAUGAGGAGAAUCUGUCAUCUGAAAACACAGGCUCUGCUGCUAAAUCAGAAUUCGAAGGUUUCUCCUCUAACUCUGGACUGGGCCAUGCACCCCUGCCUACACAUGGAGGAGGAGGUGGCAUCUGUCAGGACUUUCUUCAAGGCUCCAACAUUGAGACCACACAGCAUGGUGGAGAAACACACUUUUAUUUUGCUCACUCUGCAAGCAUUCAGCAUGAUGAACAAACCACUAAAAACACUGCCAGUGAUAUGCGAGGUGACACAGCAAAUGCAGGGACUCAGGGUGCCAGUGCCUCACAGUACGAGAAUAUUGAGAACUUAGAAUUUAUUCAGAAUCAAGAAGUUCUUCCAAGCGAGUCCCUAAAUUUCAACGCUUCCUCUCCAAGUGAUCAGUUCAGAUAUGGGGUCCUUCCUGGGCCAUCUCUCCCCAGGCACAGUGCUGUGGGCCACACUGGGGCUCCUGACACAGCACUGCAUCCUGUGAGAUCUGAUAGCAUGUCAUCUGGCUAUAGCAGCAAAAGCCAUAGGAGCCUUUCAGGCUCAACCAGGCCCCAGGAACUCGUUGGCACGUUUAUUCAGCAAGAAGUUGGAAAACCUGAAGAUGAAGUUUCAGGUAGUUUUUUUAAGCAGAUCGAUUCUUCUCCCAUGGGAGGUGAGACAGAUGAGACCUCCAUGAGCCAGAACUACCAUAGCAGUUUAUCCCAGCCCUCAACUCCAAGCCCCCCCAAACCAACAGGAAUAUUUCAGACAAGUGCAAAUAGUUCUUUUGAACCAGUAAAAUCUCACUUAGUUGGGGUAAAACCAGUCAAGGCAGAUCGUGCCAAUGUGGUGGGUGAAGUGAGGGGAACUCGUGCCUACCAGAAGAAGCGCAGGCCACCUGAUGCUUCCCCUGGCAACCUGGAGCAGCCACCAGACAACAUGGAGACCCUCUAUGCACCCCAGGUCUGUCCUCUGCCUCUCAGUAUCACUGCGGAAGUUGGGCGUGUGCUUCCUCACACUGGAGGGCCACCCUUGGAUACGGUGCACCCGACACCUGAAAGGAAGCCCUCAGCCAGAGCUCAUGGAGCCGGAAAGUGUGAGAGCCCUGCGACAACUCUGUGGGCACAAAAUGAGCUGCCAGAUUUUGGAGGCAAUGUUCUUCUAGCCCCAGCAGCUCCUGUGCUUCAGGUACCUACAAAACCUCAGCCACCUGCAAUUGUCCAGCCUCCAGAAGAGGUGGUCCCUGGGCAGCAGUCACAGAAGCCAGACUCUGCCAUUCCCCUGCAGAACCGAGAUGGCAUUGGUGCUUUGGAGAACCUUGAGAACCCUCCCACUGUGGGAGAAGAGGAGGCCCUGAAGUCGCAGGCAAGUUCUGGUCAUGCUGGUGUGUUACCCUUGCUGCCUACUGAGCCUUUGCAACGUCAGCCAGUCUCAAUGGCCCAGCUUGAUCAGAGCUAUAAUUUAGCUCAGCCUAUUAAUUUUUCUAUGUCCUUCUUGAAUCUUAAUGGGAAGAAUCAGUCUUGGAGAGAUACUUUGGUGGGGGAUAAAUCUCUAAUAAGCAGUAGGGUGCUCAGUGGUGAUUUUGGGGAAAAUACUCCUUUGUCUGGGAUCCCAACCAGCUCUGUCCUUAGCUUGUCUUUGCCUAGCAAUCUUGCCCAAAGUAAUUUUGCACAAGGUUCUGGUACUAAUCAGCCUGCAAAUUUGCUGAUUCAGCCACCAUCCCAUCCACUUCCAAGGAACUUGGUUCCAGAAAGUCAAAAGAAUCAUAAUGCAGAAAAUGUUCCUCCCGAGUUUAAUAGUUCUACUGGAAGCAUGAGUAUGAUGUUAGUUCCACCUGCAAACAGUACUUUGAUACCUGAGAGUAAUAAGGCAGAUUGCUCCAGUAAUCGGGAAGAACCUUAUGGAGCCUUAGACUUUACAUUAACUAGGAUUUUGGAAAAUCCAGUAAGAAUGUAUAGCCCAUCCUGUUCUGACAGCCUGGCUUCGCAGCACAAUCUUGCCAAUCAUCCUGGACAGUCUGGGCCUGGGCCACAUAACCCAGACCAUUUCUACCAACAGGUAACAAAAGAUGCACAGGACCAGCCUGGCCUGGGAAGUGGCCUGCAGGGGCUGGUGCCUCCUCAGCAGCAGAGUUCUUCCCUGCGAGUCCCCAAGACAACGCUUGCAGAACCUUCCAGCCCAGAGAGUCCACCAGCACAAGGACAGCCCCAAAACUCAGCCCACCCACCAGCAAGCCUGGCUCCAGCUGAUGCAGGCCAACAGCUGCCACCUCAGCUGCCUCAGUCUUCCAGUGCAUCACUGAUGUCCACUGGCUCAAGCCAGGUAGCCAAGCAGUCAGAGCCACAGUGGCCACAGCCCAUGCCUCCACAAGCACUGGGCCCACUGCCACAGGACAUGGCCUCCUACUACCAUUACAGACCCCUGCAUGAGGCCUACCAGUCUCAGUACCCCUCGCUUUAUCCACCAGAUCCAGGGGUGGCCUCCCUCUAUUACCAGGAUGUCUAUGGCCUCUACGAGCCUCGGUACAGGCCCUACGACAGUGCCACAUCUGUGUACGCAGAGUACUUCCGCUGCCCCGAGCCUGAGCGGCCCAGCUCCAGAGCAAGUCACUGCUCAGAUCGGCCACCUCCCAGGCAAGGGUAUCCCGAAGGAUACUAUAAUUCCAAAAAUGGAUGGAGCAGUCAGAGUGAUUUCUAUGCAAAUUACUAUUCCAGCCAGUAUGAUUACAGAGAUCCAGGUCGCUGGGAUCGUUUCCAAUACAGCACUAGAUUCAAGGACCUCCGCCCCUGUGACCAGAGGUACUGGUAUGACGUGGAAUAUGACCCAUAUAGGAAAGAACACUAUGCUUAUGGAGACAGGUUGGUAAUCCACUUGGACAGAGGAGCUCAGUGGGAAACAAGGAGUGCUGUCACUCAUUUGCCCUCAUGUCUUUGGAGUUUAUCCAAGAGCUAUAGUUGUUUGGGGGUUUCUGGUGAGCAGUUGCCUAAUGUUUUGGUCACUGUCUAAGAGAGGAAGGCUAGAUUAGGCCUUCCCAGCACUGCUAGUCUGUGGUGUGUUGGGAGAGACUCGGCCUCAGAAUGAGUGCUGUCAGUGGCUUCGGGAGCACCCAGGAGUCAGGGUCCACUCUUGUCUCAAUGCUUCUUCCUCAUCUGUCAUGCCCCACAGCCGAGGGAAGGGACUACAGUCAUGUGCACCUGAGUUAUCUAAGAUCCUGAGUCAAGGUCUGAGCCUUUGGUCGCUGUGAUGUGACGUCACCUGUAGUGUCAGUUUUAACUCACACACUU